UCCUGGUGCAGAACACUCCGCGCCUUAGCACGGCGGCGGCCAUGGUGCCGAGGGAAGAGGCGAGCUGCGGUGUGGGGGAGGUCCGUGAGCGCCCCGCCUCCGGCAAGUCUGGCAAGAUGGCGGUGGUGCUCGCAGGCGGGUCGCGGUGGGUGGUGCGGGAGGCGGUGCGGCGCUCCGCUGUUCACCCGCCCGCCUCCGGCUGCUGGGGCUCCGCGCCUGCAGGGAAGAGGUAUCUGCUAACAGAAGAUGAUAUCAAGUUACAAGAAUUUCAGCAGAUGAAAGUGGUAGUUACAAAUGAAGUUCACGGCAACAAAGAUCCGUAUUUUAAAAGUAUUAAAGAAAAAUUAAAGAAAAAUGAAAUAAUUCUCAAAACUGAAUUAAAAAAUUUGCUGCAUUUAUGUCAGACUUCAUCUGAUGUGGAACUAGCCAGAGAAGUUAUUUACAGGUACCAUGAGCAGCAUGGAAUCACAGCCUUACAUAAUUUUAAAUUUGGGCCACUCUUUAUGAGGCUGUGCUAUGAGCUAGAUCUUGAACGACCUGCAGUAGAACUUAUCAAAGAUCAGAAUUUGCGUGGUUUUUUCUCGGAGAGUACAUCAUUCCAUAUUUUGAUGACUAUGUUAUUUAAAAAGGGCCAUUUUGAAAGUGCUUUGGAAGUUCUGGUUGAAAUGAAAAAACAAAGUAUACCUUUCAGCAAAGAAACCUAUCUAAUUGCAUUUGCAAUAUGCUACAAACUGGACAACCUGGAAUCUUGCAAAAUCUGUGAGAAACUGCUUGAAGAAGCACAGCUAAAAGGUGACACAUUACCACUGCGAGCAUACUGCUUUGCUGUGGCAACUGCUCUGAAGCAGAAUGAUGUUUCACAAGCCAAAUUUUAUUGUUCCCGGAUAUUGAAAACAGAGAGCAGACUAUACAAUAAUCUUAAAGUUCUUGUCCAGCUCAGAUCUGGUUUGCUAGAAGAAGUAAUAAGGACAUUAGAGGCAGCAGUGAAAGUUGAUACUCCUCCCUUUGUGAAAAAAAUCGAGUUUUCUGAGCAGGUGCUGGCUGCAGUCAGGGAAAAGAUGGAAGAAAAUGCCUACCUUUCUGCCAAAUUAAGAGAUAUUCAUAUGAAACUACAAACUUCAGGACGGAUAACCAUGUGCACGCUAGAAGACAUGCUUUUCCAGAUUCCAAGUUCAAAGAAGAUCCCUGCAAAGCUUUUCAAUCAGAAGUUAUUGGGUUAUCAAGCUGCUAAACCACUUCGGUCGAAUCUAUUGUCGGAAUAGUUGAAUAUUUGAUGACACACUGAACUGCUGUUAGCAUCUCUUAGAAGCCACAUUCAAGUAAAAUGUCUUGUCCUCUCCUCCACAAUGAGCAAUUUUUUGUUUGUGUGGAACUGCACAUCAUGUGUGAAAAUACACAUCAUGUAGCUUUCAGAUUUCAAUUUUGAUGAUAAAAAGAAGCCAUGACAAUGUAUAUUUGUGUGUUGGUCAGAAAUGGAAUGAUAGAAUGGUUUGAAGUUUUUCCUCAGGCACUUUAAUCAGAAUUUUCCUAUGCUAAACAUCCUGAUGAAAAUGACCAGAACAAUUUGUGUGUCUGACCUGAUUUGUGGUUUGUGGGAAGAAAAUUCAGUCUUCGUCAGAUGUAGUGUUCUGACGGAAAGGACAGAUGCAGUCCAGAUUCUAGAUAACAGAGUACAAAAGUUAACUGUUUAUUCAAAUUCUGUACAUCUCAGGAGAAUCAGAGAGAAGAAGGCAUCUUUUUCCCUCACUUGGAAAUUAUUCCAGCACUUCCAAUGUGGAACCUUAAGUAGCUCCCAAUCUUUUCUCCACAAAUAACUUUGAUAAAGGAUUUGUGAAGGUUGCUUGCAGUGUGGCAAGGAUUAAUUAAAAAAAAAAAAAAAAAGGUGUGCACUACUGUUCAGUUUACUUGGUUGGCUAGUACUAUCAGGACAACUGUUUGAUGUAAAACUACAUUUUUAUUGGCAAUAAUAGAAGAUUGUUUUAUCCAUUUAGCAUGUUACAGAGCAAAUAUAUAAGGUCAAGUCUUUUUCAUUUCCUUAUUUGGCACUUUCAAACUUGAAUUAAUUGCAAGAAGUUAAUUCAUCCUCGGACUGAGAUUCACAUGUUUGUUUUAAUCUGAAUUGGUUAGGUUCCUGGCUCAGGCUAUGUCCUACCUGUAACUGAAGUAACGAUAACUUCUAUUACAAUCACCAGUAUAGCUGA